GGUAAAGCACUUACAGUAAAAACCCGGCUCUUAACUGUGUGCAGUGAGAGCAGUUUCUAUCUGAUUACAUGACUGUGAGGUCAGCAGGAAGUGGGCGAGACGACAACAACAACAGCAGACUAGAUGAACUCAAAACUGAAAGUGCUUCUGCAUUUGAACUCAAGCAGAGGAUGGACACACGAAAACAAGCAGUGCAACUAAUUACAUGACACGUAACUAUGGCCCGUGUUCCAGAGCUGCUUCUUGGUAUUUUGGAAGAAAUGGUCGACAAGCAACUCAGGACUUUCCACUGGUACCUUUCAAGUAAUGUGCUUGAAGGAUUCACGCACAUUCCAAAGUCUCGGGUUGAUGGGAUGGACAGAACAGGCACUGUGGAUCUGUUGGUGCAAACAUUUGGCUAUGAUGGUGCUGUUGCUGUUACUGAGGAUAUACUGAUGAGGAUGAAACUCAAGCUGUGGGCUGAUACUCUAAAGGAGGAUUAUAGUAAAGUUCCCAGCAAUCAUGUGGACAAAGAAGUUGGCCAUCACACAAUCCAAGAAAAAAUGAAAUCAACUCUGAAGGAAAAGUAUCAAAACAUUUAUGAGGGGAAUGCAGAUGAGGGGGAAACAGUCUACCUAAAGAAAAUUUACACAGAGCUGCAUAUGAUUGAAGGAGCCUGGGGAAGCUUCAGUGAUGAGCAUGAGGUCAGACAGCAGAGGUCAACGCUUGUGUCAGGAGAUGAAAAAUCCACCAAAGCUAUCAAUAUUUUCAAACCCAAACCCAAUCAAAAUAAGCGAAUCAGAACAGUUCUUACCUUGGGUAUUCCUGGAAUGGGAAAAACAGUCUGUGCUCAGAAAUUUACACUAAGCUGGGCAGAAGGAGAAGAAAAUCAGGACAUCACCUUGCUCUUCCCACUUCCUUUCCGUGAAAUAAAUACCACUAUAGGUGAGAAAGACUACAGCCUAAUGCAACUUAUCCACCAGUUCUUUCCAGAGACAAAACCUCUUGAGAAGCUGGGAGCAAACUGCAAAGUUCUCUUCAUCUUUGAUGGCCUCGAUGAGACUCUUCUCCCCUUGAAUUUUAAACACAACAAGGUCUUGAGGGAUGAAACGGAGCCGGCCCCACUUGAUGUGCUCAUCACAAACCUCAUCACUGGAGAUUUGCUUGGCAAUGCACUCAUCUGGAUUACCUCCAGACCUGCGGCAGCCCACCGCAUCCCUCGAAAGCACAUCCACCAGUGGACAGAGGUGAAGGGCUUUGGUAAUGCCCAGAGGGAAGAAUACUUUAAGAGAAGUUUACAUGAUGAUAGCCUUGCCCUCAGGGUCAUCAACCAUGUAAAAUCAUCAAGAAGCCUAUACAUCAUGUGUCAAAUACCAGUUUUCUGCUGGAUCACUGUUACUGUGAUGAAGAAAAUGGUCCGCAAAAAUAUGACAGGAGUCAUACCCAACACUCUCACUGAGAUGUAUGCAUAUCUCCUUAUCUGCCAGACGGACCGAAUGGUUGAAGGACACUAUCCAUUGAAAAGUAACAAUGUCCUAUUGAAGUUAGCAGAACUUGCGUUCCGUCAGCUGGAGAAAGGAAGAUCAAUCUUCUAUGAGGCUGACUUGAAAGAAUGUGGCAUACAUGUCAAGGAGGCAACCAUCUACUCAGGGGUUUGCACAGAGAUCUUCGUAAUGGAGGGAGGAAACAGACGAGAAGUUUUUAGCUUUGUACACUUGACCAUCCAGGAAUUUUUAGCAGCUGUGUAUGCCCAUUACUUGUACAUGAAAAGAAAGGAAAAUGUUUUCCUUGGAUACCUGAAACGGAUUUACACAAGAUGGCAAUUCAAGUCUGUAUUCAAUUUUCAUAAAACAGCCAUCGAAAAAGCCUUAGAGAGUACAGAUGGCCAUUGGGACCUCUUCCUUCGCUUCCUUCUGGGACUCUCACUGAAAUCAAACCAGGAGCUUCUCUGUAAAAUACUGGAUUUGGAUGUAGAAGGAGAGGAAGAUGUAUCAAGAACAAUCCAGUUCAUCAAGGAAAAGAUCAGUGAAGAAGCAGACGCCAACCUCAACUUGUUCCACUGUCUGAGUGAGCUCAAAGAGGAAGCUUUAGUGCAGGAGGUUCAAAGUUUUGUGAGCUCUGGGAGGCUUGAUGCCAAAAAGAUGUCAUCAGCUCAGUGGUCAGCUCUUACGUUUGAGCUGAUGACAUCAGAGACAACUGAGGAAGAGUUUGACUUAAAGAAGUACAUAAAAUCAGAGGAGGGAAUGGUGAAGCUGCUGACAGUAAUUACUUCCUCCAAACAUGCUCUGCUAAAUCAUUGCAACCUCACGGAAAACUGCUGUGAAGCUUUGGCCUCUGUACUUAGCUCAACCUCCUCUCAUUUAACAGCUCUAGACCUAAGUGGGAACAAGCUGAAGGAUUCAGGGGUGAAGUUGCUUUCCGCCGGAUUAAGGAGUCCACAUUGCAAACUGAAGAGUUUGAGAUUAAACAAUUGUCAGCUUCAAGGAGACUGCUGUAAAGCACUGGCUGUUGCUGUCAGUACAGAGUUUACCCAACUCAAAGACCUUGACCUGAGUGCUAAUGAUUUCCAGGAAGUGCAUCUGAAGGCUCUGUGUGUGGGCAUGUGUAGCCAGUUUUGCAAACUGGAAAUUCUGAGGUUGAAUCAGUGCAAGCUAAGAGAGGGUUGCUGUGGAAAUUUGGCUUCACUCUUAAAAUCAGGCUCAUCUCGGCUUAAAACUCUUGAUCUGAGUAACAACAGUUUGAAGGAUUCAGGUGUAUCUCUGCUAGCUGCUGGACUAAGAAAUCCACAGUGUAGACUGGAAACUCUCAGACUCAGUUGGUGUAACCUGUCACAGAAAUGCUGUGAACCCAUUGGCUCGGCUAUCAGCUCUGACUCGACCCAAGUCAGAGAACUGGACUUGAGUGGAAAUAACCUACAUGGUCCAGAUUUCCAGCUGCUUUGUUCUGGUCUCAGAAGUCAGCACUGUAAACUCAAGACUUUAAGAUUGAAUGAAUGUAAUCUCCAGAAAUGCUGUGCAGAUGUUGCCUCGGUCAUCAGUUCUGACAUCUCACAGCUGAAGGAGCUUGAUCUGAGUGGGAAUGACCUGCAGGACUCGGAGAUAAAGUUGCUCUCUAAUGGACUUGCAAAUACAAGCUGUACACUGAAGACAUUAAGGCUGACAUUUUGUGGAGUCACAGAAGUGGGCUGUACGCAUUUGACUUCAGCACUGAGCUCCAACUCCUACCAACUGAGGGAAUUGGAUCUGAGUUACAACUACCUUCAGGACUCUGGCAUUAAGCUGAUCUCUGUUCAUGGUGAUAAACUUGAAAAACUUAGUGUGGACCCUAAUGCAGAAUGUUUCUUGAAAGCAACAUUAAAAAACUAUGCAUGCACAUUGACGUUCGACAAAAGUACAGCUUCCAAGUCUCUCUUUCUUCAUGAUGGUGGAAAGCAGGUGACAUGGGUCAGAGAGAGACAGCAACACCCAGAUCACCCUGAGAGGUUUGAGACUGUCUCCCAAGUCCUUUGUCAACAAGGCCUCACUCAACACCAUUAUUGGGAGGUAGAGUGGCGAGGACGCUGGGUGGAUGUAGCUGUGGCGAAGAGGGGAAUCAGUCGGAGGGCGGGAUAUCACCUGUCUGGUUUUGGCUACACUGACCAGUCCUGGAGUCUGUACUGCUCUGAUGAUCACUACACUGCUCAGCAUGACGGCCAUAAUGUCGAAAUACUAGGGCACCCAUCUCAUUCCCAUAGGAUUGGAAUCUUUCUGGACUGGCCAGCUGGCACCCUGUCCUUCUAUAGUGUGUUCUCUGGGACCCUCAAACACAUUCACACAUUCUACAGCAACUUCACUGAGCCCCUCUACCCCGGGUUUGGAAUGGAGGAGGAUGACUGCUCUGUAAUUAUUUGUAAAUGAUGGUAAAACAGGAGCUUAUGGACAGCAAGUGAUAGAUGCUGAGCGUGGAUCAAUUUAGACAAAUAAACCUAAUCCAACCUUU